AUUUGCGCCAAUCGCCACAACCAUCCUGCACAUGUUACAUAUAUAAUCACCAUCUUCGUUCAUAUCAAUCCUACUUUUCUUCACUAUACUCGUUGCUGCUGUUAUCAAUCCUUUUCAUCUCAUUUCUCCUCUUAAGGAUUAGUUGGAAUUGUACCACGAGAACUGAUUCAUAUGUACAUAAAGUAGAUCCCUGGAUGAUAGCAUCAACUUUCCGUGACGAUGGAUAUGUCUGUCUUUUAAUUCUGUCUUGGUGUCAAGUUUUCGUAAACUGGUUCUACGGCGUUUUGUAGUAGAUGAUCAUGUUUUAUGUUGUAUAUGGUCAUUUGAUUCGGUUUUUAAUCGAAGGGCACCCUUUUUUUUUCUUUUCGUUUUGAAAAUAUAAGAGUAAAGUUGUGCAUGAUUUUGGUGUUGUGAUUAAACGACAGGUAUUCAGAUUAAGACAUUCCGGUAGCUUAAAGAGACUGUUUUUUAUAUCACUUUUCAGUGGCAAAUGGUUAUAGAAGAAGUGCUUAAAGUUGCUUGUAUGGUUUAAUUCUUGGAGCAAACAAAUUAUGUAACAUUAUUUGCUUUUUGCAUAAAUUUUUGCUGACAUGGUGUUUAAAUUUUGAAAAUUGGUUGCAGCUGAAUUUGCUCAAGAUUUGUACCAAGUUUUAUGGGGGAAAAUAUUGUUUGGCCCGUAACUCUACUACCAAUAUUCUAUAUUGCCAUCCUUUCUUAUGGCAAUGGCUUUAUCUGCAACAAUCUAUCUAACAAACAUGAUGAACAUUGGGAGAAGAGGAAUUCAUUAUUUACACACAUUAAACAGUGUUCCUAAGAAUUUGAUAGAGGAGGGCCAAAAUAGAGUCGUGGAGGCAUCUCUUACUCUCAUUCGUGAGAGGGCAAAACUUAAGGGAGAGCUAGUCCGGGCGUUGGGUGGUGCUAAAGCUUCAUCGUCUCUUCUUGGAGUUCCUCUUGGACAUAAUUCGUCAUUUCUCCAGGGUCCAGCAUUUGCUCCGCCUAGAAUACGAGAGGCCAUCUGGUGUGGAAGCACAAAUGCUACUACAGAGGAAGGUAAAGAGCUGAAUGAUCCUAGAGUCUUAACAGAUGUUGGUGAUGUUCCUGUUCAAGAACUUCGAGACUGUGGAAUAGAUGAUGACAGAUUGAUGAAUAUUAUCAGUGAGUCUGUCAAACUAGUGAUUGAAGAAGAUCCAUUGCGCCCUUUAGUUUUAGGGGGUGACCAUUCAAUAUCAUAUCCUGUAGUAAGAGCCGUGUCCGAGAAGCUUGGAGGACCUGUGGAUGUCCUUCACCUUGAUGCACAUCCUGAUAUCUAUGAUUGCUUUGAAGGAAACAAGUAUUCACAUGCAUCUUCUUUUGCCCGAAUUAUGGAGGGUGGUUAUGCUCGGCGGCUCUUGCAGGUUGGCAUUCGAUCAAUAACAAGUGAAGGACGUGAACAAGGGAAAAGAUUUGGAGUUGAGCAAUAUGAAAUGCGCACAUUUUCAAAAGAUCGCCACUUUUUGGAGAAUCUGAAACUUGGAGACAGCGUUAAGGGAGUGUAUAUUUCGAUAGAUGUGGACUGUCUUGAUCCUGCAUUUGCUCCUGGUGUUUCGCAUAUUGAAGCGGGAGGUCUCUCGUUUCGUGAUGUUCUCAACAUCCUCCACAAUCUUCAAGCUGAUGUUGUUGCUGCAGAUGUGGUCGAGUUCAAUCCACAACGUGAUACUGUCGAUGGGAUGACUGCCAUGGUUGCCGCUAAAUUAGUAAGAGAGUUGACUGCAAAAAUUUCAAAAUGAAUACUCCCACAAGCCGUGAAUCCAAUAUCUGGCAGUCGAGUUUCUUUGGUCUAUCAUUAAAUAGAUUCACCAGAUCUUCUAUAGUCAAGAUUAUGUUCAAUAAAUCGAAUGUAGCUUGAUCCGAAUUAUUCCGUUUGUCUAUUGCUUGUUUGAGAUAUAUCUGAAGAACUUGGGUUGAUCGGUAUAGUGCAAACCAUCUUUGUAAUUUUAAUUUUACUUUGUUAUUUAAGGGGAUUUUGAGGGAGCU